UCUACCUGGUGUUGAUACUCCAGCAGGUCGUUAGAGGGACUCAACGAUCGGCACCUGUUCAGAGGCCGGAGGAGCUCCGCGGCCGUGGUAUAUUCACCCCAUCAGCGAGAUAUAUUUGCAACAGGUAAAACUACUCUAGGUAGACACGAUGCCACUGAACGCGGAUGGCGACCUGGGCUAUGGCAGCGUGGCGGCGGCUGGGCCCGGCCCGGGGGUACCAGGGCUGGCGGGGGGCAACUUGGGAGGCGGCGAGACGGUGCCCUUGCUGCUGCCAGAGCCUGUGACCGCUGGAAGACCCAGCUGGAAGCCACUCAGCAAAGACGAGCUGGAGCUCACGGCAGGUAGCCCCGGCUGGAGGAAGGUGCGUACGCGGCUGGUGCUGCUGUUCUGGCUGACGUGGCUGGUGAUGCUGGGCGCCGCCAUCGCCAUCAUCGUGCAGAGUCCACGGCCCGUGGCCCCGCCCCUCAAGUGGUGGGAGAAGGAGCUCUUCUACCGGCUGCAGCCCGCACUGCUCAUGGACACGCCGCAGGGCGCCAUCGGCGGGUUCGAGGUGAUGCGUGAGCGUCUGCCGUACCUCAAGUCGCUGCAGGUGGGCGCCCUGAUUCUGGAGGGCGUGAUCCCCAAGACCAUCUCCGCCUCCAACCUCACGCAGGUCAGCCACGACCUCGGCACCAUGCCCCAGUUCAGGAAACUCAUCGGGGAGACGCACAAGGAGGGCAUGAAGAUCCUGCUGGACUUCUGUGACCUGGAGGUGAUGAAUGAGGAGGACUCCCUGAACGCCACUGAGGACCUCGCAGACUCAUCCGGAUACAUACAGUACUCUCUGAAGUAUUGGCUGGAGCAGGGCAUCUCUGGCUUCUCCAUAUGCGACACGGACGCGGCCUACACUGAGAAGACAUUGGAGGUGUGGAAGUCACUUCUAGAGGAAUACAGUGAGAAGGACAAUGAACGGAUCUUGGUGGUGCGGGAGACGUCUGACAGCUAUGUGGUGACCAACGUGUCUGAUGGUGUGAACGGCUCUCUGGUGCAGCUGACUGUGCGCUCACUACUGCCCCCCUCUGCCCACCCGCUGCCAGUGCCAGAGGUGGCACGGGCCAUUGAGGAGAGUCUACAGGCACCGCGACCUGAUUGGUCUAGCUGGACGGUGGGAGGUCCGGUUGCUCCAGAGCUGCAGAGGAUCAUCAUGGUGGUGCUGAUGACGCUGCCGGGCACACCUGUAGUCAGCGACGGGGAAGAGGUCAACCCAGCACAGAACACCACAGUGAAUGCUAUUGGAGAUGAGAUCUACAUCCAGGACGAGGGUAAGAAGUGGCGUUCUGCGAUCGCCCUGUUCCAGUCCCUGAGCCACACGCGUUCGAGAGAGGAAGCUCUUCUCUUCGGCACCUUCAGCUUCCUCCCCUUUAACUCCUCCUCCUUGACAUCCGCCUCGGCCAUGCCCCCGCUGGCCUUCCUGCGCUCCUGGGGCUGCGUUCACUUCCUGGUUCUGCUCAACCUGGGUCCCGAGCCACACCCACUCUCACCCGAUUGGGCGCCGCGUCUGCCCACGGGCGGAGUCUUCGUCACCAGCACUGAGAUGGACCGGCUGGGUUCCGUUUCCCUGGAGACGCUCAUCUUGAAGCCCCGCGAGGGCAUCGUCAUCAAGCUGUUUGAGGGCGGGAGCUUCUCAUAGACGCAGACUCCUCAUUGGUCAACAGGAGAAAAAAAAAGAUAUUUAUUUAUGAAAGACCGAUAUUGGACACAAAGGAGACGACCGUGAAUAAUAAUAAUGUUAUUAACAGUGAACAAUAGUAUUAUUUAUUUUCUGUAAUAUGUGAAUGAAAUGGGGUCUUAUAAAACUGAAAUAAAAGUGAUUUGUGAUGCCA